CCACAGCGAGAUAUCCUUUGACACAGUCACUACCAUCAUCGACGUCCACCAUGCCACCUCAGACAAGAACAAGGAGCGCGGCUAGAGCAGCAUCGAUCACAGAGAAGCCCUCUGCGACUGCGGCUUCUAAAAGUAAGGGCAAUGGUAGUGGAAAGACGAAAGGCAAGGGCAAAGCAACAGCUCAACCGGUAGAGGAGCCUGAGGUCGAUGAAGGCGAAGACGAGAGCGAGGAUGACAAUGACGAUGACGGUGAAGUCGAAGGCAGCGAUGAAGACAACGAACGCGAUGGCGAAUCAGACGAAAAUGAUGAGGAAGAAGACGUCGACGACGAGCAUCUGGAGCAAGACGAUAGCGAGAGCGACGUAGACGAAGCCUCCGACAAGGCAGCCAGCGAACCCAGCGCAUCUCGUCCUCCUCCCCCUCUUCCCACCUCCCAAGGGCCCACUGCGUCCUCCUCAUCUUCGUCAUCAGCCCGUCUCGACCCUGCCCUCUUCAAAGCCUACUUCUCUUCAAAUGCUGCCUCGACUUCCAAUCUCAAGUCCUCACUCAAGAAGACGGCACCCCUCGCUCCGCCCACGCAGGCCGAGCUACGCGAAGCACGCGAGCAGCGCAAGGCGAUCAAAGUGGCAAAGCGAAGGCGAGAGGAGCGCAGAGGCGGUGUAGUCAAGGGGAGGGAUGGGCUGCCGAUGAGGCGCUUAGGGGACGGGAGGACCGUGGUGCGCUCAUUGGACCCAGCGGGGCGUAGAGCCGGGGCCGGGGCUGGAGCCCAUCACGAGGCAGCAGCAAAAGGUCUGCAAGAGCUGCCCAAGGAGCUCUACCUCCCCAUCUCCUCUGCACGGGGAGGCGCAGAAGAAGGAGACUUGACCAAUGCCCUCGCUGCACAAAAGUCGAAGCGCUUCCUCAAGCGCAAGCUCGGAACAGGCUCUUCCCCUCUCACACCCACCUCCUCUUCCUCUUCCGCUACAACGCUGGAGAAGCAGAAGAAGGCCGCGACGAGUGCAGAUGAUCCACUGGGACUGGAGGAUCCGGCUUUCCUUCCUGGGGGCGAGUUUGCGCAUCUGGCCAGCCUCACGGGUAAGAAGAAGAAGCGGGGACGCGGUGGCAGUGGAGGAGGAGGUGGGGCAGUGAAGAAGCCAGCGUCGAAGAGCGACCUUAGGGGAGAUGCAGUGAGGGGCCUGCCGGGAAGGAUGGGAGGAGCAGCUAUGGUCUUCAACCGAAGCGCUCGCUGAUGGCGUGAGCUUCACAGCAAGGGAAGGUUGGACAUGUGGACUGCGUCUCGCAUUGUCAAGCUCUGCCACUCUAUCAUGCCCUUGGCUGCAAAGCUUCUGU